GCAUAAACGAGACGCAGCACGAGCGGAUUCUGCCACACGACGUCCGACAGCCGAGGGAAGAGGUACGUCGUACCAUCCAAGGAGAUCUUAAGAGGGUAUCCUUGUAAGACAGGCCCAGCAUUUCUUUCCCUAGUGAAAGUGUCUUCGUGACAGCUGGUCGGUUCUUCGAGUUCCCUCGGCAACGAGUCGUGGGAGAGAUCUGCCCCUCGACACUAUGGAAACACAAAGCGAGAAGCGGAAGGCGCAGCGCGAGUUUUGAAGAAAUCCAAAAAGAGGCAGAUAGUAAGAAAAGUAGGUGAAGAUGCUUCACGGCGCUCUGCCGAGGGCCUUUCUGGCCCCGGGUCUUAACUACAUGAGCUACUACAGUGAAGAGAUUCAUCCUACUUACGCUGCGCCAUCGACCACGUGGCACAUUCCGAUGGAGGACCCAUCUUCGCCGUUAUACUCGCGGAUUCCGCCAGCUGAACAUCAUACAUCGUUGUCCUGGGAAUCUUCGAGGUCUUCGACGCCGUGUCCCUUGGACUUGUCCUUGAAGCCGCCGCCGACGCCGAGUACCCCGAAGACAGAAGAGAUGAUCGAAGUGGGCGACGAGAAAGAUUUUAGAAUCCGCGAGGAAAUUCAGGCUUGUCCCGAAGAUCGCAGAGACAGCGAGGAUGAUCAACAGCUAGUGGUAGACGACCUGGAUACUUUACGCAGCUCUUCGGCGCAGAGUCAUCAGAGCCACUACGAACGACUGGUCCUCAAUAAAGAAUCGCCUCGCUUCCACGACUCGAUCGUUGAUAAGAUUCAUCAUCUUCCCGAAGAAAAUACUCGAUUGCCGCCGUAUCCUGGGAACGAGCUCGCCUCAAAAUAUCACUUGCAUAAUCAGAAGCUUCUAUUGGCGAGUCCGACGCAUUUGCAAUCGAUGCAGGGCUAUCAUCAGCAGCUACUUUUAACACCGCAGCAACAUCUUCAGAGUGUGCACGCGCCUAUGACACCGCCUAGCACACCGUCGCCGCCUCAGUGCCCCAGAAGAAGAGUCCGGGAAGAAGAUCUCGUUUCACCACCCUCCGGACCACCCGUUAGCAGCGCCUCCCUGUCGACCCCCAAACAGACCAGCGGCGAAAAAACUGUCGCUCAGAGGCCCAAGAAAAAACACGCCAGGCGGCUCAAGUUCGACGAGGAUACCAGCAGCCCGGUAUCGGGCACCGUCAUCUUGGGCCCGGACGAAGCGGUAGUCACAGGUGACAUCGAUCCCGCCUUCAAUAUCGUCGAGGUCACGGAGGAAGCGCGCGCCGAGCUGGCCAAGAUCGAAAAUCGGCUCGGACCAUAUCAGUGCAAACUUUGCCGGCAACUUCACGAGGACGCCUUCCAAUUGGCACAACAUCGAUGCUCUCGAAUCGCUCACGUGGAAUAUCGUUGUCCCGAGUGUGACAAGCGGUUCUCCUGCCCGGCCAAUCUCGCGUCUCAUCGACGUUGGCACAAGCCCAGACUACCCAAUACCGAUAGUUCCGCGACCUCGUCGUCCACAUCGUCGUCGGGGAGCAAUGCGGAAAUCCCGUGCACCAAAUGCGAGGCCAAGUUCACUAGGCAAGCUGCUCUGCGUAAACACCUCGCCACUCAACACCCUGAGACUAAUAACAACGUUAGCAACAGCAAUAAUAACAACGGAGUCGAUGGCCAGGAAACUAUUGGUAAACCAGACAUCAAUCAGACCGUCCCGACCAACCAGUUGACCAACGAGAUGACCUGACACCAAUUUCCGGCGAGACCUCUGCCAAGACGACCUGGACUUUACUGGAGAUUCGGUCUUGAUUUGUAAGAAACACGAGACAAUGACGCUUUUUCAUUCAUUAAUCGAUUCGGCGGCUUUCGUAACUGUGAGUACUUAAUCAAAAUGCUCAGUAUAAUGCUCUUUCUAGUAAUAAUAAAAAAAUGGGAAAGAAACUGAA